CGUCCAGAAUUGGCCAAUCACACAUCGAGCUUAUAAUGAAUUUCGGAGCUUCGCAUCUCAGUGGCAGCCAUGUUGGUUCACAGGUUUUGUCGCGGAUUUGUGCACUGGCUUCAGCGCUGAUUUUCUCUAUAUUUUUGUGCCCGUGAGAUGACAAGAUAUACACACAGAUUAAAUGGUGUUAAGCAUGCCUAAAGAUAAAUAUGACAACUCGAACACCAGAAAUGGCCGGCGAUCACACAAGAUUAUGUCUGCAGAGGACGUGGCGUCUGGGAAAAAAUCACACUGGCCUGAACUUGAGAUCACAGGAACGAUACGUAACCUCAGCCCACAGCUGUGGAGGAUGAACCACCUGACUUCCCUCUACCUGAAUGACAACCAUCUGACCAGGCUUCCCCCCGAUGUCGCCAAGCUCACCAUGCUACGAUGUCUGGACCUGUCCUGCAACAAACUGAGGAGUCUACCGGCAGAACUGGGAGACCUUAUCAACCUCAGGGAACUCUUACUGAACAACAACAUGCUGCGAGUGCUGCCGUACGAGCUGGGCAGACUAUUCCAACUGCAGAUAAUGGGGCUGAAUGGAAACCCGCUCUCUCACGAGAUCCUCAGCAUCUACGGAGAACAGAACGGAACGGCCAAGUUGUUAGCAUACAUGCUUGAUAACUUGGCAGGUACAUUUACCCACAACUUGCCACCGCAAAGACCGUGGAUAACGUUGGAGCAGCCCAACAGGUCGCGACCUCACGCCAUCUUCUCGGUCAUGUGCUACAACGUGCUGUGCGACAAGUACGCCACCAGACAAAUCUAUGGCUACUGUCCGUCCUGGGCGCUAGGGUGGGAGUACAGAAAGAAGGGGAUACUACACGAGAUCCUCAACUUCACAGCCGACAUCAUCAGUUUACAAGAAGUAGAAACAGAACAGUAUCACACGUUCUUCCUUCCGGAGCUGAGACAGCACGGGUAUGAUGGAAUUUUCAGCCCCAAGUCUCGAGCCAAGACAAUGGGUGACACAGAGAAGAAAUACGUAGAUGGUUGUGCCAUCUUCUUCAAGACUAAUAAGUUCCAGCUGGUAAAAGAACACUUGGUUGAGUUUAACAAGAUGGCGAUGGAAAACGCGGAAGGCUCGGCAGACAUGCUGAACAGGGUCAUGACCAAGGACAACAUCGGCAUCGCCGCUCUGCUCGAAACCAAGGAUGGCUUUGCAGAAACGUCAGCCUACCCACCUGAAGUAAAUCCAAGGCAGCUCGUUCUGGUGGCCAACGCCCACAUGCACUGGGACCCGGAGUUCUCAGACGUCAAGAUCAUCCAGACGAUGAUGUUCAUGAGCGCGCUGAAGAACAUCAUGGAGGAGGCCUGUCACAGUUUCAGGCCCGGCUCCUCCAACAAGAUGGACAUCAGCAACGUACCCGUCAUCUUCUGUGGGGAUCUCAAUUCCUUACCAGACUCAGGUGUGGUAGAAUACCUGGCGACAGGUCGAAUAUCAACAUCGCAUCUGGACUUUAAGGAGUUGGCGUACAGCGAGUGUCUGGGGAACUUCAGCUGUGCCGACCACAAGCCCAGCGAAGUCACCCAUUCCUUCAAGCUGAAGCAGGCGUACGAGAGCGACAUCCUCCCCCACACCAACUACACGUUCGACUUCAAGGGCGUGAUCGACUACAUCUUCCACUCGGAACUGCUGACGUGCCUCGGAGUGCUGGGCCCGUACGAUCCUCACUACUUCUCGGAGAACAAGAUCAUCGGAUGCCCCCAUCCACACAUUCCAUCAGACCACAUCCCUCUGCUCUCGGAGUUCGAGUUGCAGCUUCCCUACGGCCCCCUGAAUGGCCUCCCCAACGGCCUGCACAUAGCCCGGAGAUAACACUGCUCCCCCCACCCGCAUACCCGUUGCUUUCCCAAGCAAACGGAACCAAGGCAGUGGCGUUUGGAUGUGGUACCAACUGCAGUAGCUGUACUUGUAGAUAUAGAUGAAUUCAAAGCCCAGGCAGCUGACCCUUUUUGGGCUCUUAGCAUAGGCAAGCCGACAUGUUGCCCUUGCGUGAUUUUUAUCACUGAAUCAUGUUUGUGUACAUAAGAGGAAUUGGCUGUAACCACGUGUUGAGGAUAUUUUAUGGUUUAUCUAUAGAAAUUGUCUGUGGGCUGUGAUGACUAGUUGUACAUACGGAAUAAGCUUGCAUGCAUCCUUUGAUGUCUUUAGGUACACGUUGUUCCUUCGUGACGGAGCCAGAUCUCCUUUUUUGGCUGAGAAAUCUGCUGAGCUUUGCACAAAGAAUUGCUUUUCUGCUCUCCUGAAACAAACAACUCGAUCUUGGUCCAAUCUGUAUCCAGUAAGUUCUGAGUAAAGACCUGUAAAUAAUAGCUAGCUCAUGACACUCCCCCGCCCUCCACCUAGGAACAACGGGUACGUCUCAGGUAUAACCUCCAAUGGCCACUGCCUCAUGGCUCGUACUACUUGUACAGACAGGACUUGACCAGUAUGUAAAUCCAUGGUUGUGUACCAUAUGGUUUUUGAGGAAAAAGGAUGAUAAUGAUGAUGAGACGGCUUUGCUUUACUUCUGAAUUCCCAGCCACUGGCAGGGAGCCAAUCGUGGACUUGGGGGUCAUAAAGGGGAUGUGUUGGAGGUCUUGGAGUGCCAUGUCACUGUCGAACCCCAUUCAGAACAUAACUGGUUUAGAAGAUAACCCCAUGUAUACCCUCAGCAUGGAAGUAGCACUGCAUUGUUUCCCAGAGUGUUUAAACUCCUUGACUUUGGUGUUAACCCCAAACCUGAUGAUGUUUAUUUCUACAGAAUACGUUUCGAAAAUUAAUUUUACCAAUGGCCAUAUCCUAAAGACUCGUAUGUUGCAUUGACAAAAUGAUAGUUGGUACUUAAAUUAGCACUAGUAACAGGGAGUUCCAAAUUGUAUUGGAAUGUUUCCCAAAUACUAGAAACACCCUCCAUCCUUGGCACUCUGUAUUCAAAACCUGCAUUGUCAGACAUAAAACAGACAAUUUAAAAUAGUAUCUAAGGUGCCUGGCUAUGUCUUAGUGUCCUCUUCUUAUUACCCCUAUAUCUGCAGACUUGACUACACCUUGCGCGCUGGACGUUGCCAAGGUCUACUCUUGUUUGCAUCUUAAGUGUCUUUGCUCUCAGGUUUUAUUCUUUACUGUCGCCAAGUCAAAUUUUCAGACUUGUUUGGUUGUUUCUCGUAUUAGACUUUCAUAUUUCUGCUAACCACUGUUAAAACAAGCAAUUCUGAGGUCAGUCCCAAGAAUCUGACCAUUCACAGCUUUGCUCAGUUCAAAAUGCUAGACACCUCCAAACCAGAAGCACUUUUUAAGACCACCUGAUCCAUUAAAAUGUGAGCAAACCACUAUCGUAUUAAGAAGGGCAUUGCUAAUACUGCAUAUCUAGGCACCCAUUGUGACAUUUUGGAAUACAUGUUUUUCCUUUAUGGGGAGACAGUGGCAGCCUCCAGACCUCUUGGGUGAACUUGACCGAACCACUCUAUAUGUUACCAGUUGUACAGUGAUCUUGCAUCUUGUAGUUUUAUUGGUGUAACUUUGUACUGGACUGUAACUAGCAUUGCAUUUUGGGGGGUUUACACGGAGCAGAGGGGAAAGGUAUGGGUGCGAGACUGCCCAGCAGUCGGCCCAUCGUCACCACCUCUCUGUGUGUGAAUCUGUCAUUUGGAAACGGUGCUUCUCUUUUUGUUUUCCUGUGUUCUGUGUUGAGUGAAACGAAUAGGUACACAGUGGGGCCAAAUUUGUGAACAGAACUUUCACAUCCAUGGACAUUCUCAGACUCUUUCUGGCUACCUUCAUCAACAACAUAUUGCUCAAAAUUUGUCAUGCAAGCCAAAGCUUUGUAUUUCAGUUAACAUAGCACGCCUGCAUUAUGUACCACCCAGUGACAUGUUUCCAUUGGGCUUUAACAAACAUAGAAGCAUUUUCAGGCUGUAAAAACUCCUAGAAAUAUUUUCUUCUGUCCAUGUCUAGCAGAGUCAUUUCCCACUGCUGUAAUCGUUGUGAAAGUUCUGUCACUACCACGGCGCGGUCGCGUCGCCACCUACUGACAGGUUCCAAGCUGCUUUAUGAAAAAUGUUUGAAGAGGCAGCAGUGUUGUGCUUUGCUGAAUCUCACAGCCCCAUGCUUCAGAAAUCCUCUACUUUUUGUAACUUUUACCUCCCUUUUUGACCAUGUAAUUGUACCGCAAAUUGUGUUGUGUUGCACGUCAAGAUGGAAUUUUAGACAAUGUGAUGUGGUUCUUAUACUUGUGGUGUAAAUGAAAUUGAGACAGAUUUUUCCAUUGCUGAGUAGUUCCUAAAAUUAUUGUGAAGAAACCACCUCAACCAGCAUCCUUUGCUGUAAGGUCAAAGGUUAGCAUCUGGCACUCCUGUAAUUUAGUGGGGACUUUGAAAGUAGGGCAAAAAAGGCAGCUAUAAAAGAAAUACACAGAGGUAAAGUUUGGGCACCAAGCACUUGUUUGGGAUGGUGCAGCAAUGGAAGGAUAACAUGUUCUAUGUGUGAAACAUUGGUAACAAUUAGAAUUCAGCAUUUCUCUGUGACAAGGUUUGCUGGAAAUGUUCCAGAGAAAUGGACAAAGUUGUCUACCUGGAGGACUUGGGUUCAUUGGGAAUGUUUCGAGUAUGUCCUUGAAGAACUGAGAAUGUUUUCUUAGUUGUGAACUGUUGUAAGUCCUUGGCAAGUUUCCUCCACCAGGGAAUGGUUUGACAUUGCUCUCUAUGUGUUCUGCUUCAUUCAUGGACAUAAUGCAUGUAGAGCGCUUGCUUGUAUCAAUCUAGCACUUGUUGUAUGUUUCUCAUCUGUCAAAUCAACAGCAAAAACAUAAGAACCAAAAUGUACAGCAAGAGAUUUUGAUAAUACUUGAUUGGUGGCUGGCAAUCACUCAUGUUCCCUGGUGGCUGUAGCUUAGCCAAGGAUGUGGCUGCCAAUCAAACACUGGUAGCUUCCUAUGGCUAGUUGAACCAUACCUUAAUCCUGUGAACUUGGUAAUUUUCCUCACACUGAACACUAGCUUAUUUUUUAUGAAAGACGAGUGUAAGUUCUGGACCCCAGAUCAUGUAUGAAGGCAACUUCUGUAUAGUCAUCACCUGGCAUGUGUGGGAAAUUACCAAGGAAAACUAUGUUCCUGUAGCAAUAUAAGUAAUUAGAAUAUUAAUACUCUAAAACCUCUGGACCACUUGCUAAGUUUGCCAAAAUUGAAUUGGAGCUGGAUUUUUAAAAGAAUUGUUAGAGGGUGUUUUAGACCAAGAGACUGAAAUGAUGCAGAUAUGUUCAAGUUGAAGUCCAUGUGUGUUAGCCUUGGAAAAAUGGAAACAACUUUGGAUGUUUAUAAAUCUGGAUUGUUUCAGUCUCAUGUAUUGGGCAUGGGCACACCCAGGGUCUGUAGGAUGGAGUCCUGGCUUUGUCCAAACCCAGGGUACUAAAUCCUUUGGAAAGAGUAAUGGGAAAGCCGUUGAUGUGGUUGGUAGUUUUACAGAGAUGUGAUGACGAGUGUGAAGACUCCCGUUUGUGUUUGGUUGCUACCCAGCACCGCAUGUGGAGUCCUGAUGGGAUAAAAUGUCAGGGACUUGAUUUUUGUGAUGGGACAAAAGAUGGGAGGAUUUGGUUGACUUUUGAAGCAUUCUAUGUGAAUCUCUACUUACUCUGAAGCAAGCCUUUUUACAACAAACGCACCAUAUCAUUGAGGGGCAACAACUUUUCCAUAAAGUAGAUGGAACUUUGUCAAGGAAAUAUAAAUACAUAGAAAAUAUACAUAUGUAAUGUUGUAUUUUAAUGUAAAUUUGUACGAAA